AUGGCAACUUUAUCUUCACUCAUCAUUCUCCUACUACUUUCCUUCUCCAUCUUCCCAUUCAUCAUCCAUGGCACCAAUGAGAAGGAGAAGCAAACCCACCUGAUCCACAAGACCUGCAAAAUCAGCGCCAAGACCGACCCCAACAUCAACUACGCCUUCUGCACCUCCGCCCUGCAGGCGAAGCCGGCGAAGCAAUGCGCCACGCUGCGCCGCAUCGGGACCACGUGCAUCAAGCUCGUCAUGACCAACGUGACGGACACGCGCCACCACAUCCAGGGUUUGGUGAAAGGCGGGAAAGUGAAGCACGAUUUGAGGAAAUGUAUUGAUCACUGCUACGAGAUGUACACGGACGCCGCCCCUGACGUGGGAGGCGCGUUGAGCGCUUACAGGGAUAAGAAAUAUGGCGACGCCAACAUUAAGCUCUCCGCCGUCAUGGACGCGGCGGCGGACUGCGAGGAUUUGUUCGGCCGCAGCCGCCGCCACGGCGGCGGCUGCGGCGGUGUGUCGCCGUUGUCGGAGAGGAAUAACGCUACUUUCCAGUUGUCGGCUAUGGCGCUGUCUGUUAUGCAUCUGAUUAAGGAAGGGAAAGCGCAUUGA